GCGGCAGGAUGAGGGUGGUGCUGGUACACAGGAGGCGCACAUACUAGACGCGAGAAAUAGAAAAAAAAUAGCUUAAAGUCUGUUAUGGAGAACACCGUGUGACUGUCACUGUGUAUGACUGAUGGAUGACUCCUCGUAAAAUAAACCGAGAAAAAAACAUUAGUGAGAGACGGAACAAUACUUGUUUACAAAUAAAGACUAGGAAGUACAUUUGAUAAUUAAAUGACUUACCUAAACUGACAUUAGAUUUUGGCGAAUGCAGUUUAAGCAUGGACAGCAGCCAGAGGUCACCAUCCAUGACCACCACAUCCACGCUCGGGGUCACUACAGCUGGCUCCUACCUCACCUCCGUACCCGGCCCAUCUCACUACCCUCACCAUCACCUCCUCACGAUGUCACCUGAAGGACGCAGAUGCCUGGAGGAGUCGUCGAAGAACCCCCUUCCUGACGGUGUGUACUGUAACACCACCUGGGAUACCCUGUACUGCUGGCCGGCCACACAGGCGGGGAGGACAGUGAGUGAGCCGUGCGCCACUGUCUUCAGCGACGUCCCGGACCUACUCAACUACCCUGACGCGUUUGCGUACCGUGAGUGUGACGGUACAGGGUCGUGGCUCAGGGGCGGCUGGACCAACUACUCCCAGUGUCUCAGCGUCAUAGAAAACCAGGGGGUCAGGUCGGGUGUGCUGGACGCUGUGCGGUACAUCACCUUCAUUGGGGCGCUACUGUCCCUCCUUACCCUCAUCCUUACCAUCUUCGUCUUCACAUACUUCAGGACCCUGGAGUGUGACCGCCUACGGGUACACCGGAACUUGGUGGUGUCACUCAUCGUCAGGUUCCUAGUGAUGCUUAUUCUGACGGAGCCGUUCAUCUUUCACCGCCACACCACCACCUACCGUGACGUGGACUGGUUGUGUAAGACGCUGCUGGCGCUGACGAUGUACGCCCAAAUGGCCUCCAUCAAUUGGAUGUUUGUCGAGGGGCUGUUCCUACACUCCAGACUUACCUCCAACGUGUUCGACUCUGGGGCGCCCUUCACCCUCUACUACAUGAUUGGCUGGGGAUGGCCAAUGGUGUUCCUGGCAGCCUGGGCCACCACCAUGGCUCUUCACUAUCCCGUCCAGUGCUGGCGAGGCUAUGGUAAUCUGCCUUACGUCUGGAUCCUCGUGGCUCCCAUGGUCACCGCCCUCAUGAUCAACCUCCUGUUUCUCAUCAACAUCGUGAGGAUCCUUGUGACCAAACUGAGGGCCAGCGACGCUCAGGUCAGGAAGGCGAUCAAGGCGACGGCAGUGUUGUUUCCACUACUCGGCAUUACUAAUAUGUUGUUCGCCAUUAACCCUGGCGAUAAGGGUAACCUGGAGGGCGCUUACAUGCUGACCAAUGCCAUCCUGCAGUCCACCCAGGGCGUGUUCGUCUCAGUCCUGUACUGUUUCGUCAACGGGGAGGUGCAGGAGCUGCUUCGGAAGCGGUGGAGGCAGUAUCGUAUGAGGCAGCUGAGCCAGACGGGCAGCCCCCACCGUAAGAGCACCAGGGGAACCAUCAUCUUCGAACCUUCCCUCUCUUUCAGGCUGAGCGCCAACACACCCAGUCCUCUUCUGAUGAGCCCUCAGACACCUAACUCACAGCAAAUGAGUUCUCUGAUGCCGACCCCUCUGCCACUAAGCCCUGAGUGCACCAGUUCUCACUUCUGUACCCCUCAAACACCAAGAUCUCACCACUCCAAUUCUCAGCCACUUAGCAUCCAGCCCUUUGACCCAAAGGCACUGAAGAAGCACCACCUGCCCAGAAAUCAAUCAUCUGGGCCUUUACUCCUGAGAUUUCACUCAAGUGACCAUCCCUCAGGAGCCACCAGCCAAGCUGAGCACGACCUGAUGAUCAGUUCUGUGUGAUCAGCUGCAAGACCUGAUGAUUAGUUCCGUGUGAUCAGCAACAUGACUUAUGUGGAAGGUUUUAUAUUCGACUUACUGUAAUCAAUUCACUGAUCAUUGGUUUCUUGUGUGUUUAUGAAUGUGUAUGUAUCUGUUUCUGUGUACUUUAAUGUGUGCAUGUAAUUUUGUGUCUGUGUGUCUGUGAAUAUCAGUGCCUGUGUGUUUAUUUGCAGGUAAGUUGUUGAUCUCACCUGUGCAACAUAACAGGUCAAAAAGAACACAUAAAAUUUCUGAUACACGAGAGAUUUUCAUGGCAAUUAACUGUGUAAAAUUCUGUCGUGAUCAGUUAUUGUCAAGUGUUGUGUGGAGACUUAAGAAAUGUUCCUGAUAAAAUGCUUCUCAAUCUUGUAUUUUACUUCCUUUGUUACGGUGAUUGUAAUGGAGAGCAAAUUACAUGAAAUCUCUUAAACAUCACCAAAGAAAAUACUGAUAAACCAAAACAACAAUGAUGAUAGCUGAGGACAUAAACUGGAGAAUUUCAGCUGUAACAUUUUGUGCACUUAUUAAUAAAUAAAACA